GGAGGGGCAUAUUUGGAGGUGGGUUUUUCUUUCCAGCAUUGUCAUUAGCAUCGUCGACGACGCAUACGGAGUACAUGGUGAUAGAGAGGUUGGUAUUGUUUGCCGUUGGAUUUCAAUCUGGUCGUUGUUAUUUGUCGCACAACCACGACGACGUAUGCCAGGAACCGGCCGGGCUGGCUGGGUUGCUAGACAUCAGUUUGUUGUGCUUCUGUCAAACCCAUCUCGACAUAUAUAGAUCUGCGAACAGCAGGACUGUGCACAGUCUUUACUGAGAUCUAUACUACUAUUUCAAGGCCACAAUCCAGCACCUGGAGAGGAAGAUUCCCGUUCCAUCCCAACUCACCUUAUACAUCUCAUUGAAGCCACAAGCCACGAGCAGAAACACAUCCAAGCAAAGUCAGAAGAUCGCACCCUCAUUCUCCUAGGCAAAAUGCACACCUCCGCUCCCACUACCAUCCUCAUCUCCACUCUCACUCUCCUUGCUUCUUUUGCGUCGGCUCAGUCAAGUCCAACGACGGGCGAGCCUGAGACGCCACUCCCAACGAGCAGCGGCGCAAUCACCAGCAGCUCUGGGUCCUACGAGAACCCUUUUACCAUCUACACAACCCAGACCGACUCCCUAGGUGUCAUCACCGGUCAACCAUCGGUGGUCACCAGCCAACCCGAACUGGUCACGUCGCAACCUGCCGCAGCAACAAAUCCUACAUUGUCAGGAUAUUGGUAUGGAAAUGAGACGACGAGCACGAAUGCCCAAUCGACCUCUACCAACGAUGCCACAACCACACUAGCCACGAGCACAGUGCCUGUCGAAAGUACAGACGGGGGUGUAUCAGGAUCUAGGAGCGCCAGUGCGUCCCUCGCAGUUGCCACUGGUGUUGCUGUUUCAAACCAGGUCGCAGGCGCCGGGUUGGCCCUGGUGGUUCUGGGCGUCGGAUUUUCUAUGUUGUGAUAUGAGAGCAUUUAAUACCAUCAUCUUGGGCACAGCGUGGACAGGGAACGAUAUCAUGACUUCUUUUGGGGUUGCGUCGGAGUUGGAUCGGUGAUGUGAUCAGCAUGGAAUGACAUGAGGCAAGGCCUUGGGCAUGGCGUUAGGCGCACUAGAGGGAUGAAUCAAGAACAAAGUGGUCACUGGUGACGCUGGGAAGGCGAUCUUGUCACCAGGCAAAAGGCCUGGCGUGGAGUCUUGUUUCUAUCAGUCGGACAAUAUAGUCCGAAUAGAAUUGUUGAAUCCAUCACUUGUCGAGUGUUCAUUCUUGCAGCCUGGGCUUACUUCAAGAUUCUAUAACUUUGUAAUGGAACUGUGCAAAUGUCCAUCUGUUUCUGCAGAUAUGAUCCUGAUGUCAG